AUGGCGAAUGUUGAUGGCGAAGAGUAUUUAGACAAAGUGACGCGUCUUUAUAAACGAUAUAUCGCGUAUGUCCGUAGCCAUCCCGCUGCUACUGCACAGCUGGAGAGCGCCGUGCGGACGCUGUCAUACCUUAUAGCAGGGAGAUUCUCUGACUCUAAUGAGCUUUCUGAACUCGUUUAUUCUGUCUCUAAUCUCCUGGUGUUGUUCAACGACAGCAUCUUAAGAAAACACCUGAAGAGUCCCUUUCCUGUGAGCCUGUCGCAACAGAGGCUCCGGACCUGGCUCUCCGUGUUGGAGUCUGUGGAGGUGUUCCUGGAGUUGGGGGCCUGUAGAGCUGGGGGUGACGUGGGUCGCUGGGUCGUCAUCGCACUCGUCCAGAUCGUAAAGGCAGUUUUCCGGCUGAUUCUACUGCUGUGGUACAAGUCUGGGAUCGGGACUUCACCUCCCAUCAUCCCCCUGGACAGGAACUCAGACUUUGGAACUGAAGAGGGCGCUGACGCACAGGUGCUCAAUUUGGCGGAAGAUGUUUGUUUCGUUGGUCAAAGAUCCGGACGAGUGAUUCGGCCGAUGGUCUCCGGUCCCUUGGGGCAGUCCAGGACUCGGGAGUGUCCUCAGUCCCGUUCCAGACCUCGGUCUCCAGAGGACCAGCUCCAGAUCCGAUCCACAGACCUGAAGCUGCACCAGAUCACAGCGGAGGCCGUCUACGUCACCAAACCCCUGGUGCACCUGAUGAGUCUUGCUGUUUAUGGGAAAAAGUCUUGGAAACCGUGGCUCCUGUCGGCGUUCCUCGAACUUUCAAGUUUUGCGGUUCUGAGUGAGACCAAGUUCCAGAGCGUGUGGGAGCGAGCGGAGAUGAAGAGAAGGAGGUUCCUGCUGCUGUUCUACCUGCUGCGGUCGCCUUUCUACGACCGGUACUCUCAGGAGAAGAUCUUGUUGCUGCUCAAACUUCUGUCGGACUCGGUUCCCGGACUGGGACUUGUGGCUCGUCCUCUGAUGGAGUACCUCCCCACAUGGCAGAACAUCUAUUUCUACAACUGGGGUUGA